GGAAGAAGUGCUCCCGUGUAAACCGGGCGGGGCGCCAUCACCGUCAGACCCCGCUACUGGUCGCAGCCUGCCGAGCCUUUAUCUCGCACCGACUGGAAAAGAAGCCAGACACCACUAUCGAGUCGAUACAUAUCUUCCCUCCGCUCGCAUAAAACGUGUGAAAAUGUUUUACACUUGCGGUCCAAAUGAAGCAAUGGUGGUGUCGGGUUUCUGCCGCUCACCGCCAGUCAUGAUCUCCGGUGGGAGAGUGUUUGUUUUCCCCUGCGUCCAGCAGAUACAAAGGAUCUCUUUGAACACACUGACGCUGAACGUGAAGAGCGAUAAAGUCUACACACGUCACGGGGUGCCCAUCUCUGUCACCGGGAUUGCGCAGAUGAAGAUUCAAGGGCAAAAUAAGCAGAUGUUGGCUGCGGCGUGUCAGAUGUUUCUGGGAAAGUCAGAGGGUGAGAUCGCCCACAUUGCCUUGGAAACGCUGGAGGGUCACCAGAGAGCCAUCAUUGCUCACCUGACUGUGGAGGAGAUCUACAAAGACAGAAAGAAGUUUUCCGAGCAGGUGUUUAAGGUGGCUUCGUCCGACCUUGUCAACAUGGGCAUCAGCGUGGUCAGCUACACGCUCAAAGACGUCCACGAUGACCAGGAUUACCUGCACUCUUUGGGGAAGGCCCGUACGGCACAAGUGCAGAAGGAUGCUCGAAUUGGGGAAGCCAUGAACAAAAGAGACGCGGUGAUCAGGGAGGCCAAUGCUAUACAGGAGAAGGUAUCUGCUCAGUACAUGAAUGAGAUCGAGAUGGCUAAGGCUCAGAGGGACUACGAGCUGAAGAAGGCCGUUCACGACAUUGAGGUCUUCACCAAAAAAGCAGAGUCUGAAAUGGCCUAUCAGCUGCAGGUGGCGAAAACAAAGCAGCGGAUCGAGGAGGAGAAGAUGCAGGUGUUGGUGGUGGAGCGCUCGCAGCAAAUCACGCUUCAAGAACAGGAGAUCUCUCGCAAGGAGAAGGAGCUGGAGGCCAAAGUCAAGAAACCAGCCGAGGCCGAGCGAUACCGGCUGGAGAAACUGGCAGAAGCAGAACGUCUUCAGCUGAUCAUGGAGGCAGAAGCUGAGGCCGAAUCUAUCAAAAUGAGAGGAGAGGCCGAAGCAUUCGCCGUGGAGGCUAAAGGUCGCGCCGAGGCUGAGCAGAUGGCUAAGAAGGCCGAGGCUUUCCAGCACUACAAGGAAGGAGCUAUGGUGGACAUGUUGCUGGAGAAACUGCCACUGAUGGCAGAGGAGAUAAGUAAGCCCCUUUCAGCUGCCAAUAAGGUCACCAUGGUUUCCAGUGGAGGUUCAGAGGUUGGAGCAGCCAAGCUGACCGGAGAAGUGCUCGACAUCAUGACCAGACUGCCUGAAACCAUCGAGAAACUGACUGGAGUCAACAUUUCCCAGGUGGCCCAGACUGGUUGAAGAAAUCAUCUAUCGUUUCUGUAUGCAUGCAUCAUUCAUCUAGUUUUCUCGUACUCUCACUUUUUUUUAUCAGGUUCUUUAUCAUUUAAACGACCCUCUUCUCUAUCUUUGACGAUUUAUUUCUUCUCCUUUUAUCUUUCUUGUCUUCCACCCUGCAUCUCUUUGGUUUCCCCUUUCCCAUGUUUCUCUCUCGAACUUACACUUCCUGUCCGUCUUGCCAUGCUGCCAAAACCCAAAGUGCAUUUUAAUCUAAAACUCCAGGGAAGAAUGCUGUUCUUUAUAUUUUUAAUGCAAUCAUAAGAAGACAGUGAAGUCCAAGGAUCUGUUGAAUGCCAUCAGACACUACAACUUCUGACAUUUUGAAAUGUUACUUUUACUUUUUCUUAUAGACCACUUUUCAAUGCUGGUAGUGCACUAAGAGCAUUUUGUUAUGUUUGAGCUUUCCAUGAGGUAAGCUUUUGGAAGCCAAAGUAGCGUGAAGGGAAAAAUUUGUAAAGAACUAUUGCUUUUUUUUAAAUUUAUUUGUGUGGGUUGAAUAGGAUAUAUUUUCACUUUACCUCAGCAGUACAUUAUAGCUAUAUUAGUUGGACAUAAUUGUGUAGGAGUUCAAAAGGUACUAUGUUCUGUAGAUCAUUUCAAAUAUGAUCCUCGUAUGUGCGUUUAAGUGUGUAUUCAAAUGAACAAUCAAGAUGUUUUCACGUGUUAUGCAGAAGUCUGCAAUUAUUUAAACUUCUGUUUUGUUCUGUUCCUGAAAUAAGGCAUGUUAAGAUUUCUGAAUUGUGCUUAAUUUAAAAAAAAAAAGGAUUUUAGGGAGUUCUCAUAUAAGUUUUGUUCAUAAUCAUCAGUAUUUACUACUGGUUACACUACAUUUUUCUUUGAUUACACAAUAAUUAUAAUGAAUGUUCUUUUUUUCAAAUGUGUUUAAUUGUCAGCAUUAGAUAUAUAAGCAUGUAUUCAUAAGCGCCAAUGACAUAAUUUAAAUUGAAUUGUUAUUAACAUGAUGUAUAAACACUGUUAUGGUACUUCAUAGAUAUUGUGUGUAAUGCAAACUGAACUAACCACACAUUUGUCACUUUUGUAUUUGUUUUUACGAUCUUCAUGUUUAAUGGUUUGAUGAAUGAUUACUAAAACUUUUAAAAUGGGAUGCAUCCCUUUGAGGAUAAAUAGAAAGGCCUGUUCACUUCUUAUUGGUGGGCAGGUAUUAGUUAGACCUAAAGAGUGAUGUUUGGAUAGAUUUAGUAUGUCAGGUCAGUAGGUAGCCCUGCUGUUACGCUGUGUAGGCUAUGGCUGCUAUGUUAUUUGUCAGAUGCUUUUUCUACUCUAUACAAAGUAUCUAUACUAAUACAGUAAACAAAUCACCUAUUUUAACUGUUUAAACAAUUUAAUCUUUUUCAGCAUGCAUGCAAAGACUAACAAACCAAACCACUGUAUUGUCUACUUGUGCUUAUGAUGCCUUAAAGCAACCUCCCCUACUAAAAUAAACGUUUAACUAAA